AUGUUUGGCUUCCGCGAUGACGCUCUCACCAGGGAGUUCUUGGUGCACGCCUCCAUUCGGGAUGAUGCCCCGCAGCGGCUGCGGCUGAAGGUGCAGGAUCCCCUCUCCGCAGAGGACAUGCUGCAGCAGAUUGCCCGACAGUUGGUGGAGCCGACGACCUCCAUAUCUGCAGAGGCGCCGACGCGCAUGCCCAUUUCGCUGGACUCUCACCUGCUUGCCUUCAGUGCCGAGGAGAAUUGCUUUGUCCCCGUGGAUGGCAAACCGGCCGACAUGCUCAAAGUUUUUGCCCACCUGCUCGUACAUCCAUUUAGUGCUGUGCCGUCGCUGGUGCCAAGUGCCGCCGUGUCUCGGAGGAGUUCGUCUAACAGCGUCACCCUCUGCGCCAGCGCAACAAACGGCGGCGCCGGUCUCAAGGGGGCCUCGCCGAAGGAUGGAUGCUUCCUCUCAAGGAACUCGACUUCCGCGGGGACGCGGCGCAGCGAACCCUUUGGACAAACCUUCCGGCUUUCGCCAUAUCGAACGGAUGAGUUCUUUUCGCAAACGUUGGACCAGAUGGACGGCUCGGAUACGUACAGGAAACGGAAGAAGCUGCCCCUCACACUGGAAUGUAUGCUGAAAGUGGUGGAAUUUCUUCUUAGUGAGUACAGCGCCCGAGCCGCGGAAGACGUGAUUGAGCCGACGGAGAAGAGUGUAUGGGGCCUUAUUGAGGACAUAGCUAGCCGCAAUGGUGGUGUUUCCACCCGAUCGCUGGAUCCAGUGAUGCUGGACGCGUUUAUGGAGACCAUUCUAUGUGGCAUAAGCACGGGUCGAAUCCAGCGCACCUCUCGCCGCCAACUGCCCUCAAGGUCCGCUGAAAAAAAAUAUGUAGCGAUGUGA